CUCCCGGGGCCGUCGGCGAGAUAGCGCCCGGCAGCGGGAUGGAGACACGCGGAUGGGGACACCCGCUUGGGCGACGAAGUCUGUGGAGCGGCUUCGAGUGCCCCGGGAGCCCUGAGGGCGGCUUCGCACCCGGCAGGUGACUCCGUGCCCGGAUGCAACAGCCCCGCCCCGCGAUCCCCGGCCGGAAGAAGCGCGGCUGCUCGAGCGGUUGCCGUGGGGCAGGCGAGCCGGAAGUCCCGCCUGCCGUGCCGCGGCUGUUGUUGUGACAGGGACCGUGACAGCGACAGGCCCGGCACGAGCCCCCGCCCCCCGCACACGGGCCUCGCCGCCUCUGGCUUCGCUCCCCGCCCGCCUGCAUCAUGAAGUGGAUGUUCAAGGAAGACCACGCGUUGGAGCACAGAUGUGUCGAGUCCGCAAAAAUCCGAGCCAAAUACCCCGACCGUGUCCCGGUCAUAGUGGAGAAGGUCUCAGGAUCUCAGAUUGUUGAUAUUGACAAGAGGAAGUACUUAGUUCCGUCCGACAUCACCGUGGCCCAGUUCAUGUGGAUCAUCAGGAAGAGGAUUCAACUGCCAUCUGAGAAGGCAAUAUUCCUCUUUGUAGACAAGACUGUCCCACAAUCCAGCUUAACUAUGGGACAACUUUAUGAGAAGGAAAAGGAUGAGGAUGGCUUCUUGUAUGUUGCCUACAGUGGAGAGAACACAUUUGGUUUCUGAAUGGUGGGUCUUGGCUACUGUACCAUCCUGCUGUGUAUCUUGUAAAUAGCCGAUCAUUUUUUGUUCUGACAUCCUCAGAAGUUCCUUCUAUAUACAUGCAUUUGUAACUGGAUUUAUUUCUUAAUAUAUUGCUAGGUCUUGUUUUAUUAGACUGUUAAGUUAUAAAAAGAAAGUUUUGUUGGUUUUGUGCAUUUUUUUUUCCUCACAGCUAUGAAUUCCCAGAGCCUCAGUUCUUUGGGGGGGGGGGGGGAGCGGGGGGGGUGGCAUUUGAUGACACUGAUUAAAUAAUAAAGCAAAGUAGUUGGGCUACUAAAACAUGAAGAGAAGAACACACAUUUAUUCUGUUUUGAGAUGUCAGUUUAAGAAAAAUAAAAACAAUAAAUAAUUAUUGGAAACACUGGAUUUGCUAGCUUAUCCAAAGCCAGAAGCAAGAUGCUGAUCGUGUUAAAUUAAGCUAGUAUGUUCCUUUCUCAAUUAACAAACAAAUACAAUAAAAAUUCCUGUCAAAAACA